CCACAUCUCUUCACAGGUGUCGAUCUGCUCCAUAAAUCGUCCGGUUUUUCCUCUAAAGUGAGGCUGCUAUAUUUAUUUUAUUCCGGUCCACAGAAAGUUACUGGCCAGUAAAUUACAAUUAUCUAUUAAUCUGUUCUUCGUUUUUAGUGUAGCGUUUAGACAUUAAACGCAAUUGCUAGCUUAAAGGAUGCAUCGCUAGCUUCGAUGGGUCGUUGUUUACAUGUUAUCCAGAGGUAACGAGAAAGCGAAGCAAGGAUUUUCAUGUCUCUUUUCAAGGGGUUUUACUAAAUCACGGUCGAAAAUAGCCAACAGUUUAGAAGGCUUGAGCCAUAAACUCCAAAUUGCAUACUGACAGUAUCUCAGGCAGCAUGUCGUGUUUUGUGGAAGCUCCCAGCGGUGUGUGGGUCAGCCUCGGACAUUAAGACGGGGUUUGAUCAUAACAAAAGGAGCAUGGAGUGUGUGAGGAGCGCUUUUCACGCUCAGCUGGCCGCCGUCAUGGACUCCCUGCUUGCUGCCGCCGUGUGCGAGAUCGCCAAGAUCUUCGAGAGCAGCCUGUGCGAACAGCAGGCGGAGCUGGCGCAGAAAGUCGAGGAGAUCUCCGUGCUCCGCUGCAGGCUGGAGAAGGUGGAGAAGAGGCACAAAGCUAAGGGUGGAGGCACCGAGGAGGGAGAGCCGUCAUCAGGAGACAGAGAGGGCAGCCUGAGGCAGCAGAUCCCGACAGGAUCAGCACUGAGUGUGGGGAAGGAUCCAUGUCCAUCGGAAGGAGAGGAAGUCCUCUGCAUGCUGAAGGAAGAGGUUACAGGUCAGGAAGGAGCUGCCAUAAAACAUGAGCAUCUUCGAUUGCGGACUGCUGCAGUCCAAGCCCCAAAUGGAAAUGUGUCCAUCUCCCAUCCUGACCACUGCUCUCCCAAGUCUGAAUCCAGUCUACUUCCGGCAGGUGAGUGGUUACCUGGACUGAACGCCACUCGAGGUGCUAUAUCAGGUCUGGACCAGCUGCAGGCAGACGGCACUGACUGCUCUGCUGCAGCUAGCAGCAACAUCGGGAACGACGUGUCUUCCUUCCCGCGUGUUUUUAGAUCAGACGAGACCAGCAACGAAGGUGACAACGCCUCGUUUGCUUAUCUGGACCAGGAGUCUGAGAACCAGAACUCGGAUCAGGGUCCAGGAAAAAAGGUGUCUCAGACUGAUCUCACUCCUGCCUCCUCUGGUGAAUCAUGGCGAACAAGAGAUGAUCGAGAUGCAAGAGACCACAUCAAUCACACACGGCGAGUCACUAAUUUUACCACCAGAGAUCCUCUGCGACCACAGUCCAACUCCCAGCUGCUCGCAGCACGACAGACCAACAUUCACAGUCAUCCGGUAACUCCCGGUGGAGGCAGCGGCCGCCCUUACUCCUGCCCCUACUGCACCAAGUGUUUCACCUACCCUUCCCAUCAGCGCAGACACCUUCUACGGCACACCGGAGUCAGACUGCAUCCCUGUCAGUUCUGUGACAAGAGCUUCCUCACGCCGUCAGAGCUCACCGUUCACACUCGCACGCAUACUGGGGAGCGUCCCUUCGGCUGCGCUCAGUGCGGUAAACGCUUCGCCCGCAGCGGCAACCUGAGAGCCCACCAGCGAGACGUUCACAUGGGAAAGAGGCCCUUUGCUUGCGUCGAGUGUGGGAAAAGAUUUGCCCACAGAGGAAACCUGAGGGUGCACAAUCACAGAGUCCAUCAAGGGGAUCCGUACUACUCUGACGGUCAGCCGGAGCCUGACACAGGCCAGAGUGCUAUCUAAAAGCAACACAAGUGGGAAACAUACCUACAUUAAGUUAUUAUUCAGCGUCUUGGCAGCAAUUUGGAACAAUUGGAGCUUUUUGGUCUUAUUCGAGCUUCUAUAUUUUUUUAUGUAGAUGAUUAUGUUUAAUUGUGAGUCAGUCUGUUUUAGGUCAAAUAGUUUUUUGUUCAGUGUAAUUGAUGUGAAUGAAUGAUUAUAAAAAAUCUGAAUUGGAAGUGAAACAAGCAAAAUGUGACAAUAUUACUAUUUCUUUUCCUUUUCAAAGUUGACCAUUUCUGAACACACUUCAUUUGAACUGAAGAAACUGUCAAAUAAUGUUUUACAUAUGUUACAGCUGUAUCUAAAAAAUUAAAAUGUCAUCAAAAUUGCAUUUCAGGAUUUCCAUUUAGUACGGACAUUCAAAUUUUAUAUAGACUUAUUACACAAAGAUUGAUAUAGUUUAAGCAUCAUUUUCUGUUAGAUUUCAUCAUUUUGGCUUACUACACAAGAGGAUUAUGGAAAUUUUGAGAUCAAAAUCAGAACUCCUUUUAUUUCAGUGGCAUUAAUUUCCUUCCAUCUUUUAUGGCUAAUAAACGUAAAACCCAAAAUUGACUUUCUCUAAAAAUCAGACGAUUAAAAGAGUUCAACAAAUACACUAAUGUCCAAACAUAGUAGUGAAAUGUUAGGUGAAAAGAAAAAGUGUGGUAGUAAAAGGUGCAAAUACAACAGAAGUAAACACAUUCUUGAGGUGAUUUGCAGCCUGAUCGCCUCCAUUGAUCCAGUGACUCAUGCAAAGUUCAUGUUUGUACUUUGACAUUUCUGUAUCGAAAAAAAUGUUUAAUAGCUUCAAUUAUAAUCUUCAGAGAAGCUAAAUUUAGGCUUUUCUUUGGCUGUCAGUGGUAAUCAUCCAAAUUGAUAGAAAACAAUUGAAAAAAUUGACUCUAAUGAAUCCACAAUAUGAAUGUGUUUGUGGAUCAUACAUUGGAUAGAAAUCCAAUAUAUGACUCAUAAAACUAAGAUAAUACAUAAUAUAAUGAAGUAUUUAUUUAGAUGAACUAGAACUCGUCUGUCUUGCCUUGAUGGGUGAAUAUACAGAGUUGUGCAGCAUGUAGUUAAAACUGAUCCGACACAAUGUUUCCUAUUUCAUGAACAUCCUGUAUGAAACUGGUAGAAAAUGUGAAAAUUAUUAUUAUUUUUUUCCAGUAAGCAGUGGAAAUUGAAAUAACAACUAGAAAGAAUAUGAAACAAACAACUGGUCCUUUGCACUCUUAUCUUUUAUAACAAGUUAAUUCCUUCGGAGCACAGGUGUAUCCUCUGUGUCCUGCAACUUUCAGACGUGCCUCUGCUGCACCUCACCUGAAUAGAAUAGUUAUUGUCCUUUACUACUCUUGACGACUGGAGUUUGACACCCCUGCUUUAGAGCAUUAAUCUUAAAAAAUGUAAAGCAAUAUUAUAUAUUGCUUAUCCUAUCUUAAAUAUUACUGUAAAUGUAAUUGCUCUUUGUCAGUGCUUACCUUGGAUUGAAUGUUGUGCUAUUCUUCUUCAGUAUUAAAGAAGAUUAAUACUGUUGAAAUUAGCAUUUUAUUCUCCAUACAAUCUAAUUUCCUCCAGUUGGUUUCUGGUUAAUGCUUUUGGCUCCUGGUAUUUAUGUUUUUGCUCCUGCUCGUUUUCUUUUAUUUUAGUUUUCUGUGCUUUUUUUUCUUCUACUUUCUCCAAUAAUUAGACAGCUGAAUUUUUUCAGCAUCUGUUUUCAUUAACAAGCUUAUUAGUAAAGUCAGAAUUGUUUAGGAUUUUCUCAACAGUAAAAAAAGUUUUUCCAUUACAUAAGCUGACUAAAUAUUUACUUUGAGGUUUUAUUUUAAAACUGUGGUUUAAAAAGCAGAUUGUUUGGCUGCUAAACGAAAGUAUGUUUGUUCAUAGUUUGAAGCUUCUUUGGUCUCUUCAAAAAAGGUGUGUACUCAUCAAGUUUAUUUAUAAUUUGACUCUGCUGUGAAAUACUUUACUAUGGUAAAUGUAAUGUUGAAGAGGACUUGUUUAUUUCCUGUAAAAAAAAAAGAGUCAAAGCUCUACGUCCGAGCUUUUCAUUGUGAAGAAAUAAACAUGUAAGUUUGUUGCACUGUCUUAUGCCAGACACCAGGGGGCAGUGCAAAUGCAAGAGAGGUUUACAGAAAUGUAUGCUGACAGGUUUUGAUGUUCUCAGCAUGUUUUACCUUGUUUUGUCCUACACUAGUCACAUCUUUUCCCCCUGAUGCAUGCACGUGUGUCAUCAUGGUGCCAGUCCUGUAAUACAUCGUAUGAAUGUCCAGAAAAAUCCAAAUGUGAGUUAAUUUUAUACCUGCACAAAACGUAAUUUAUUAGAACAUGUUUUAGCUAUUCUUUAUGUAUAAGUAUGUGAAACUUAUAUCGUUUGUAUAAACUACUUUAUACAAACUUU